UGAAAGUGACAGCAAUAAAUAUGCCGAGCUUCUCGUGUUCGGCUAUGCCUGCAAGCUGUUCCGGGAUGACGAGAGGGCUCACUUCCACGAGCAGGGCAAACAGCUCAUCCCAUGGAUGGGGGACAAGAACAUCCUGAUUGAUAGGUCGGUUGAACAAACCUAAAGGAAUUGUUAUCCUAACCAACUUUCCUAAUCCCAGAUCUGUCUUUCGAAGGGACUGAUCGGAUUCUUGCAAACAUAACUGACAAAAGUAUUGGCGAACCAUUUAUCUAGCUUGCUAAUGACGUCCUUUUGGCCUCAUGAAACCGAAGAUGCACUAACUAUUAACAGGGUAGCAGAGCAUCAUGUCAAGAUGCUGUGUCCUCCUCUAAGUUUGCCAUAUAUUUCAACAGUGAACACGCUCUACAUGAGACUGACAGUUGGCUAUGAUGACCUGUAAAAAAUAGUUGUUUAUUUGGAAAUAUACCCACUUGAACCAUGAAGGGAGUGACAUAUGUUGGGGUUGAGUGACCUUAAUCUGCAUGGGCCUGCCUCUUGUUUCGAAUGUAUGUGUGUGUCUCUAUCACAUAACCAGCCCUUAUUUCCCCAGCAAGUAGCCUAAGGCUAAGGGGUCCUGCCUGGCCCCCCAAUGCCAACCCCAGCGCCCACUCUGGAGAGGUGGAAGAGAGGAGCGAACGCAGGAAAAUAUCGUCCGUUUGGGUUCUUACGGAUAGGUAUUUAUGUGCUCGGGAUUGUGUGGAUGUACCUUUUUUACAGAUAUAGAAGGAAUUAUGCAUAUUAAAUGGGGAAGUUAAACCCUGUAAGGUAAGAGGUAUGAUGGGCGCGGUCACUUGCAUGACCUCUCUGAGUACGACACAGGCUCGUGGAACAGAGACUACCAGCUGUCCGAGGAGGAGGCCAGGAUCGAGGCCCUGUGUGAUGAGGAGAGGUACCUGGCCAUGCACACAGACCUGCUGGAGGAAGAAGCCAGACAAGAGGAAGAAUACAAGCGUCUGAGUGAAGCUCUGGCAGAUGAAGGCACCUAUAACGCAGUGGGCUUCCGCUACAGCGCAGACUACUACGACCCUUCCCAACCCACUGAGGAAGAGGAGGCCAACAGGGAGACGGAAGAAACAGAGCCGCAGGAGAGCGAGGAACCCUUUGUGGCACCCCCGGGCCUGGCGAUCCCCCCCGAUGUGGAGCUGCCAGCGACCACCAAAACCCAUGCCAUCAUUGAGAGGACCGCCAACUUUGUGUGCCUGCAGGGGGCCCAGUUUGAGAUUGUUUUGAAAGCCAAGCAGUCUGGCAACUCCCAGUUUGACUUCCUGAACUUCGAACACUACCUGAACCCCUACUACAAACACAUCCUGAAGGCCAUGAAGGAGGGCCGCUAUACCUCUGCCUCCGACAAGCAGGACUUACAGGACUCUGAUGAUUCUGAUGAUGAUGGGGAUGGCAACUACCUCCACCCUAGCCUCUUUGCUCCUAAGAAGAGCUCUCGCCUUGAGGAGCUGAUGAAGCCUCUCCAAGUCAUGGACCCAGACCAUCCACUGGCAGCGCUGGUCCGGAAAGCCCGACAGGAACAGAACGGAGCCGCCGCUGCAGCUGCCUCCGCCAUGGCAACCAAGCCAGAGGAAGUACCCGCAGAGCCGGCUGUGCCUGCCACACCGGCAGAGUACACCGCUGACCCGAUGUAUUAUGGGUACUGCAUGCUACCUGAUGGGACCUACUGCCUGGCUCCGCCUCCCCCAGGGAUAGAUGCCAACGCUUACUACAGCUCCCUACCCGCUGGUAGCAUGCUGGCCGCGCCCUCUUACUCUGGAGCCCCGCCCCCUCCAGGGACCACGCCCCCUCCACCUCCUGAGACAACCACACGGUUCAUCUACACGGCACCUCCGACUACAUUUCCCAUUAUCCCACCGCCAACUACAGUUCCCAGCCAGGUCCCAGUCCGCCUCUCAACUCCUCCUGCUCCUGUUGUACCUGCAGCUGUCAUACCAGAGACCAGUUCGCGGCCCCCUGCUCAAGUUGCUGUGGCAGCGCCAGCCAUCAUUCCCCCACCCCCUGACAUCCAACCGGUUAUUGACAAGCUGGCUGAGUACGUAGCCAGGAACGGUGUCAAGUUUGAGACCAGUGUCCGCGUCAAGAAUGACCCGAGGUUUGACUUUCUGCAGUCCUGGAACCAGUACAACACCUAUUAUGAGUUCAAGAAGCAUUACUUCAUGAAGAAAGAGGGAAUCAGCCUGCCUGAGUGUGGUUCUCCGUCUGACAGUGUGGGCCCAGGAGAGGGGGAGACUGAUGGCGGCAGCAUGGGUAACUGUCCCUCUGACAAAUUGAUGGAGGGCAAGCUAAUAAAAGCAUCCUUUGCGCCGAUCUGCUUUGCCAUCAAAGCCAAAGAAAACGACAUGCUACCGCUGGAGAAGAACCGUGUGCGGCUGGACGACGAUUCGGACGAUGACCUGGACAAGUUGCUGGGGGAGGAGGGUCUGGAGGUCCUCCGAGACGGGGCGGAGAUGGUGGUCAGAGAGGUUCCUGCAUCCCCCGCCCCCGAGGAGAAGAGACCCACUCUCACCCUGGAGGAGCUGGAGGCUAAACAAGCCAAGCUGAAGUUGGAGGACCGUCUAGCUGCGGCCGCCAGGGAGAAGCUGGCCCAGGCCUCCAAGGAGUCCAAGGAGAAGCAGCUGCAGGCAGAGAGGAAGAGGAAGGCAGCCCUGUUCCUCCAGACCCUCCAGAACCCCCUCACUGGAGAACCUGAGACCAGACGGCCCGGCGAGACCCCUGCCAUGCCUGUGCCACAGCUGCCAAAGUUCCCAGUGGCCCCCAUCGUCUCUGUCCCCCCUCCGUUGGCUUCCAGAGCACCUGUGUACCCUGCUGAUCAAAGACCCCCUGACGCCAAGGCCUUCAAAAGCAAAGAGCCCCCCUCUUCCUCCCUCCUGCUACCCACCUCAUCAUCCUCCUCUACCUCCAGAAGACCGGAGAAGGAGCGGGACAGAGCGAAAGGAGACAGAGACAAGAAGAAGAAGAAACACAAGAAGAGGUCACCGGCGAGAUCGCGGUCUCGCUCCAAGUCGCGGUCCAAAACCAAGCACACCCUGCCCAGCGCUUACAAAACAGUCCGCGGGUCUAGGUCUCGCUCCAGGUCCCCUGGGAGGAAGAACAGGGGGGACAGCAGGGCUCGCUCGUCUGAGAGGAGGGGUGAGGAGAGGGAGCGCUACGGCCCUGCCGCCUGUCGCCUUGGCAACAACCUCGCUCUGCCCAGGAGGCACCCCAGAUCCAGGUCCCCUCAUGAGAAGAGGAAGAGUAAGAGUUCUAGGGGCCAGCUCCAGAACAAGGGCUCCUCCUGUUCCCCCUCCUCAUCCCCCGGCAGAGCCAAGAAGUCCCCAUGCGCCUCCCCUCCCACAAGCCCCACCUCCAGCCUCUCCAGGGACGGCUCGCAGGAGAAAGAUAACCAAGUUCCCUCAGCCAAUGUCUCCUCCAUGCAGUCCAAAAUCACUCAGGAUCUGAUGGCCAAAGUACGUGCCAUGCUGGCUGCCCCUAAGCCCUUCCAGCCCAACACUUCCUGAAGAGGCGUAGCUUUAUAGCAGCUGAUUGGGAAAUGGGUGGAGCUUCACCAUGUCUGCCUCUCUAUGACGACAGCCUCCAGCGACAGGCCCUUGACCAAUCAGCAGGCAGCGUCUUUUACCUGGAACUGUUUAGCAUUCAUAUUCCUCUGUCUGACUUUUAUUUGAUCUACUUUGAUACUUAACUGGGUGAGCGUAUCUACAGUAUAUUUUGAAUGGCAGGAGAUGUGAAGCGAGCAGAGUAGAUUAGCUCGUAAAUCAACUACGUGGGACUUUUCUACGUGUCAAGAGAGAGCCUGCAUCACAGCAAUGGUCACGCAGCAGCCUGCUAAAGUGUGGAUGCCCCUGUUCCCAACAUCUGUUUUCAGCACGAAUAAGACAACAGAGCUUCAAAGUGCUGAAAUAAUUAAUAAAGUAAAUUGCAUCUUUCAAAAAACGAAUUGUAUGUUCUCCAAAUUGAUGACGGAGGGCUUUGCAGUGUAAUUGUGCAGCUGCCAGAGCACCUGAAUGCUAUCCUUCUGUGAAGGACCAUUCCAUCUCCCUAUGUCUCUCUUUUGCCAGGUCCGUUUUAAACUGGGGUCUCUGUUUCCAGUCUGUUGUCAAUCAGUUCCAGUGUGUGGCCUUCAAUUUUUGUUUCUACGUUUUUACAUGGCUGAUUGUGGAGCUGCUUUCUUAACACAAACUGUCAAUAAAGUUGGAAUGAUGGUUAA